AUUUUUUUUUGUUUCGUUUUUGUGUGUUGAUUGAAAAUGUUGUUUUAUUUUCACUAUUAACUACUUAAUAAUUAACCAUUAAUUAAAGUGUUAUGUAUUAUAUUGUAAUGGUAAUUUGAUUGGAGAAAUGAAAAUGACCUCGACAACUAUCACCAGCAGCAGUAGUAAUAAUAGUAGCAGUGGUUCUGGUUUUGUUAAUAACAACAAUGAUGUUGAAAGUAAUGGUAUUGGUGUUAAAGCAAAGGAAAUUGAAACCAUUGCCAAAUUUUUACAGAAUAUUAAAAAUUCACCCAAUCUAAUUGGUGGAAAUGGUGGACCAAACGAGGAUCAAUUACGUAAAGAUAUUGAGAUGAUAAUCAAUGUUCUCCAGUGUCCAGUAUUUGGUUCUAUUGUUACCGUAAAGGAAUCUCUGGAUAAGCUUAAAAGUGAAUUAAUUAAACAUCCAUCGAUUCUACCUCUUGAUUUUGACAUUGUUUCGGAAACUGGACAACUAAUUUUAAACAUUCCAACCGGCGGUAAUCCUAAUGGCGGUGCAAGUACAAGUUCAAGUGUUAACGAUACUAAUGGUGAUGGUAAAAGGAAUGACCAAAACAAUGACCGCAUUCUCAGCCUAGACGGUAAAAUAUACGAAAACUGUAUUCCUCACCCGAAAGGUAUUGAUUUACUCUCAUCGAAAGGUGUCCACGAUUCCAUAGGUAACCUUAAUCGAUCAACAUUCCUGGACGAGAAACUUGUCACCGGAGAUUUCAAUCUCAGUUCAGAUGAUCCCAAUGUGAUUGAUGAGAUCCUUGAGAACGACAAUAAAAAAUUAGGUCAACAAGAUAUGGUAGUUUCAACUGAAUGGGCUCAAGUGGAGUCUAUUGAUUUAAUUAAUGAAGAAAGUGGCCUUGGAUUUGGUAUUAUUGGAGGUCGAUCAACCGGAGUUGUAGUUAAAACCAUAUUACCUGGAGGAGUAGCUGAUCGAGAUGGUCGAUUGCAAAUUGGUGACCAUAUACUUCAGAUAAAUGAUGUUAACCUUAGAGGAAUGAGCUCAGAACAAGUCGCUCAGGUACUUCGAAUAGCUGGAACUGAUGUUCGUUUAAUAGUUGCCCGACCAAUUGAACCAUCUUCCGAUGUCCAUGUACUCCAAAGCAGUGGACCAGCAGUACCAACCCGUAUAUUGAAUGAUCCUGAAGCUGUUGAACGUCAUUUAGCUUUAUACCAUCAGCAAAUUUCUGGCUCUAUUGGUUCCAUAAAUUCAGUUCCUUCCAUCUCAGCAUUCCCACCCAUUCCAUUCAAUGAUUCAGAAUCUGGUUCAGUACCAACAAUGAGCGAAUCCAAAACCAAGCUCAAUAUUGAGGAUCAUACUGAAUCGAGUUUAUAUCGAAGUGAAAGAAACAGCCAUUCAAUGGAUGCUAUUCAAUUACCUGUUAAGUCAAAUUCUGAGCCAUUCAUUCAAUUACAAACUCACUUAUCGUCAUUAGAUAGUAAACUGAACUUGGAUCUACCAGAGAUGGAAACAUUUGAAGUUGAAUUAGUUAAAGAUCAACAAGGAUUGGGAAUCACCAUCGCAGGUUACGUUUGUGAGAAAGAGGAGAUCUCGGGUAUUUUUGUUAAGAGCAUUGCUAAAGGUAGUGCUGCUUUUUUGUGCCAAAAAAUUGCAAUUAAUGAUCAAAUAAUUGAGGUUGAUGGUCGAUCACUUUAUGGUUAUACAAAUCAUCAAGCAGUUGAAGUACUUCGUAACACUGGUAAGAUCGUUAAAUUGAGACUUGCCCGUUACUUGAGAGGUACCAAAUACGAGCAACUUCAACAGGCCAUUUCUGACGCUGACAUGGAACCUCCGCCAGCUCUUCCUCCCAUGUUAAGAGCCAACAAAACGACAAUUCAGGUUCAAAGUGGCAGUUAUGUUAAUGAUGAUGUACAAGAUUCAGUUUUUUCAUCUCCAUUGAUUGCUAUUAAUAAUAAUAACAAUCAAAUUCCGUUUAUUCCUCCCUUGAAUUUAGCCGUUGAAACUGCACUAAUUAAAAAAUGGUCAACAAUAUUAGGACCUGAGUAUGAGAUUAUUGUUGUUGCUCAGAUUAGAAAGUUUGAAGAAGGUGGAGGUUUAGGAAUUUCCUUGGAAGGUACCGUUGACCUGGAAGAUGGUAAAGCCGUGAAACCUCAUCACUACAUUAGAGCGAUUCUAUCAGAUGGACCUGUGGGUGUUAACGGUCUUUUGAAAAGUGGCGAUGAAAUACUCGAAGUUAAUGGUAAAGAAUUGCUGAGAUUAAAUCAUGGUGAUGUUGUGCCUCUUCUCAAAGAACUGCCAAUGAAUGUGUGCAUGGUUUGUGCUCGUGAAAAGAUGCCAAGUAACCUUCCCUCACCCCAGUUAGAUACAGUCGAUCUAAUGAGUGCCAAUGAAAAUUUACAUUCCGCCAAACCAUUAAAUUACCCUCGAUUACAACAUGAGAGUCACAAUCAAAUGAUGGGUAAUACAACAACAAUCUCAGGUGAUCGACUAGUCAAAGCGAAAUCAGAUGGAUCUCUUGCCAUUGGAGUAUCGAAUUCUGUUGAUUUAGCAAAGAUGAAAUCUCGUUCAUUGGAACCAUUAACUGGACUUGCGAUGUGGAGUAACGAAGUUCAAGUUAUCGAACUAAUUAAAAGUGAUCGUGGUUUAGGCUUCUCUAUUCUUGAUUAUCAGGAUCCGGUUAAUCCUCAAGAAACUAUCAUUGUUAUCCGAAGUUUGGUUCCGGGUGGAUUUGCUCAACAAGAUGGUCGAUUAAUACCUGGAGAUCGAUUGCUGUUCGUUAACGAUAUCAGCCUUGAAAAUUCAACUCUCGAUGUUGCUGUUCAAGCUUUGAAAGGGGCACCUCGAGGUGUUGUCCGGAUUGGUGUUGCUAAGCCCCUUCCUCUUCCAGAAAGCUCAAGCUCUUCCCAGUCUAAAUUGUUAUUGGAGUCGAACGAUGUUAAAUUGUAUCAUAAAGGAAACAAUCAACAAUCAAUUAAUUCCAGUGUUAAUUCAAUUGAGCCAUUCAAUGAAGAUGGAGUUGAUAAUUUAAAGGAGCUUAAUAAUAAUCAUCAUGACCGUAAUCCACCAUCAGUAAUAUCAUCAAGCAUUGGAUCAAUUCCAGAUCGUUUAAUUCAUUCAGCUCCACCCAAUUCACUUCCUUUUUCACCUUUUAUUUCCGGUGAUUCAAUUCUAAUCUCAUCUGAUUCAAGAUCAUCAACACCCCUGGAUUUUGGUCUUAACUCUCGGACACCGAGUGAGAAUAUCGAUCCGAGUAUUUCAUUGAUUAUUUCACUUCCAUCAGCUCUGGAAAGGACAAUUAGAAUCAGAAAAGGCAACGAUCCCCUUGGUCUUACUUUGGAAUUAGCUGAUCGUGGUAUCAACGGAAUGACGAUUAAAUCACUUGCCCAUCAUGGAGCAAUUUACAAAGAUGGACGAAUGCAAAUCGGCGAUUAUCUUGUAGCAAUUAACAAUGAAAAUCUCCGUAAUAUCACCAACUCUCAAGCUCGAGCGGUGCUUCGUCGAGCCCAAUUAGUUAGCACCGAUAUAAGUCUCAAAUACGUUCCGGCUGAAGAUGUUUCCGUUCAUAAGCAAUCGGCUUUACUCGCUAUGCAACACAAUCAAUUACCUUCCAAAGGAAGAGAAUCACCUUUACUUUGCCUGAUUCGUCGGACUCCCUCACCGAGGAGGUAUCCUAAAUACUAUCGUUCACCUUAUUUUGGUUCUCGUCGAAGUGAAAGUGAUUCAGAUGAUAAUCUAAUUUCUUCGGACACUCUUGUUCAAUCAUCUUGCCCACAAUUAAAUUGUAAACAAUCAACUUGUUCCUUGGAUAAAAGUAAAGCUGAUUCACCAGAAGUUCAUUCAUCUUCACCUGAGAUCUCAAUUAUACAACAACCACCAUCAAGUUAUUCACACACUCAACUUUCCUCAUCAUCAGUUAAUCUUUCCCAUCAUCAUAAUCAUCAUCAUCACCUUCAUCAAGGACCAUCAACAAUGACGGAAAUUGAUUCACUACAAUCAACAUCUUCCAAUACUUAUAUUGUCAAUAAUAAUACUACUGAAUCAGCUGAUUGGCUCAAUAAAAAUAGCAUAUCAAGAAGUGCUUCCAGCGAUAUAACCAAAGCACAAGAACCACAAGUGCCUACAAGUGAGCUUACAUCUUUUAAUUGUCAACUUGGUUUAUCAUCUCGAAGUCAAUCAGCUGUUAAUUUGUCCAAUAGCAAUACAACAUCGUGUUCAAGUUUAACGACCUUCACAAAUACCGGAUCUUGUACAUUAUCCCGUCAAUGGUCAGCACCUCGAACUAUUAAAUUAAUCCGUGAAACCGAUCAAGGUCUGGGUAUAUCAAUCGUGGGUGGUAAGGUUGACCUUUUUAACGUGUCCCCAGGUCACUCUACUAGUGGUAUUUUCGUGAAAAACAUUUUACCAGGUUCAACAGCGGCUAAAAGUGGCCGUUUAAGGAGAGGUGAUCGUAUCCUCGAAGUUGGUGGUGUUGACCUGCGUGAUGCUACACACGACGAAGCUGUUGAAGCGAUAAGAACAGCUCAAAAUCCGAUAACUCUAUUGGUACAAUCUUUACUUCCAGUGCCAACGGGAUUCAUGAUGGACAGUGAUCUUACCGAAAAUAUUGACUCCUCUUCCGAUGCCACUCUUGCAGCGAUCACUUCGGUCGCUGAUGAAGAUCCACCAUCUGAACGGGAAGAACUUGAAUCAAUAUCAUUACCAAAAUGUACCACUGAAUCACUUAAGCCCAUUCAAGGUUGGAUUCCACCUCGAACACCUUCACCAGUGGUCAUCCAAGCUGGACUUGAUGAUGAAGCACUACAAGAGAAUCAAGCUCAAGUGGAACAAGCUCGAAUCUCUGCCCUCAAGGGCGAUAAACACGAUAAAGACGAUGAACCCACCGAGGAGAUGGAGGUGGUAACCAAAAAAUUGAAUAAAAUCAAAACCGUUUCUUUAGCUUCGGAAACGACUGAAGAUUCAGAAUCAGAAGAAGAGGAAAUUAAUGUUAGAGACACAAAAGGAAAAGUUUUCUCAUCCAAAGGAGUCGAGAUCGACAGGACCAGCGCUGGGAACGUGAAACUUGCUCCUGGAGAAGUGGAUGAAGAGGAAGAUGAAUUUGGUUAUACUCCAAAAAAAGCAAUCAAACGUUAUGGUCAACUUGGAGGUGAAAUAUUAAUUGUUGAUCUGGUUAAAGGUAUAACUGGAUUAGGUUUAAGUUUGGCCGGAAAUCGUGAUCGUAAUAAAAUGUCCGUGUUCAUUUGUGGGAUGCAUAUGAAAGGAGCUGCAGCCAAAGAUGGACGUAUAAAAGUGGCUGAUGAAAUAUUAGAAAUUAACGGUGUUGUGCUUCAUGGACGAUGUCACCUAAAUGCCUCAGCUACAAUUAAAAGUUUACCUGGACCAGUAUUCAAAAUGGUUUUGUUAAGGAGAGAAGGUGCCUUAGAUGAAAUGGCUGUUAAGCCAUUGAUUCAAUUUCCCGUCCAUUUAGAGGAAGAGACUCUCCAAGAAAAGUACAAUAAAUUUCAUGGAGUCAGAACGGUAACAGUUAGAAAGGGUAAUACUGGUCUAGGAAUCAUGAUAAUUGAAGGUAAACACACUGAACUUGGUCGAGGUUUCAUUUCUGAUAUUCAGGAAUCAUCUCCGGCUGAACAAGCUGGAUUAGCUGUUGGUGAUAUGAUACUUUGUGUUAAUCAAACUGAUCUGGUUGGAGCGGAUUAUGAUACUGCUGCAUCAACCUUAAAAAAUGCUGAAGGUCUUUUAUCAAUUGUUGUUGCCAAACCUCAUAGAGUUUCCAAUCGAUCUGAUCAAGGAUCAACAGCUCAAUUAAAUCAGGGAGAUUCAGAAUCAGCUCAAAAUGACCAAAAGAAAGAUCAAAAAAAUGGAAAGGAUUUACCCUCACCCGUCGGUGGGGAUGAAGAAACUAUCACUUUAGACCCAAAUACCUGUGAAAUUAUUCCUGAGCGGGAAACAACUCUGGAAAUUGCAAAAAAGAAAAUGGGUCUUGGGUUAAGUAUCGUCGGUGGUUCUGAUACUCCAUUGGGAGCCGUUAUUAUCCAUGAGGUUUAUCCUGACGGUGCAGCCGCUUUCGAUGGUCGCUUGAAACCAGGAGACGUGAUUCUUCAAGUUAACGAUGAAAAUUUACGAAACGUUCCCCACGAAUUUGCCAUUUCAGCCUUAAGACAAACUCCUUCCACUAUCAGAAUGGUUGUUUACCGAGAGGAAACUCAUUCUGCGGACACUGAUCUCUAUGAAAUCAUGGACAUUGAACUGUACAAAAAGCUUGGAAAAGGUUUAGGUUUAAGUAUCGUUGGUCGUAAAAACGGUCCCGGUGUCUAUGUUUCCGAAGUGGUAAAAGGCGGAGUCGCCGAAGCUGAUGGAAGGCUACUUCAGGGUGACCAUAUACUUCAAGUCAAUGAACAUGAUCUCAGAAAUGCAACUCACGAACAUGCAGCAGCUAUUCUUAAGACUACGAUUGGUAAAAUAACCAUGAAAAUUGGAAGACUGAAAACUGGAAUCCGUUUAAGUCAUAGCGGUGAAAAAUCAAGUUCAGUAAACAAAUUUUCUUAAUUAAUUCUAAUUGUUUAAAAUUAAUUAUAUGUUGAAAUGUUUUCGUUUACCUGUUUCACGUCGCUGAGAAAAAACAAUUGGAAAAAGAAAGGAAACUUUAUUACAUUAAUUAUUAAUUUGA